CAGACAGGUGGGUGGCUAGAAGGGCUGAGCUCAGCCUGUCACUUGGGGAUCUGGGGAGGAGAGACGGGCGCCUGAGCCCCCAGUGCCCCCCUCCCCAAUAGCCUGGGGUUUCCCCGCGGUGUUCCUAAGGAAAGGGGCACCCCUGGCUGCUGCCCUUGGAUCCAGAGCUUCCGCUUCAGGGAACAUUGGGGGUUUCCCCACCCACCUCUGUGACCUGGGGAAAUUCGGGGGACCAGCCCCCCUAGGAGCCUUGCAUCCGGAAGAAGGCAUCCGCUCUCUUUCGGACUGGGCCAGAGUUCUCCUCCCUUGGCGACAGACCUUCAUUGCCUGGGAAAGGAGCUGCCGAGGCCCCACGAUGGGUCGGCCAGCUGGGUUCUAGGAUGUUCGGUCAGGCCAGAGGAUUGGCUUGGGGAACCGUGAGGUUCUUCUCCUGGUCCUCCAACCUUUGGUUCAGGCCGACGGCGAAGACCAUGACGUUUCGCAACCUCCAGAAGGUUUUCUGUGUGGCAGAGAAAAACGAUGCAGCCCGUGGGAUUGCAGACAUCCUUUCGAACAGCAGGAUGAGGAGGAGGGAAGGAAUGUCCAAGUUCAACAAGAUCUAUGAAUUCCAGUAUCACUUGUUUAACCAGAAUGUUACUUUGAUUAUGACAUCUGUGUCCGGACACUUGCUGACUCAGGAUUUCAAGGCACCAUUUCGGAAAUGGCAUAGCUGUAACCCGUUGGUCCUUUUCGAUGCAGAAAUUGAGAAAUUCUGCCCUGAAAACUACAUGGACAUUAAGCGCACUCGUGAGCGAGAGGUUCAGCCGUGCCAGGCCCUGGUGAUCUGGACCGAUUGUGAUCGCGAAGGGGAGAACAUUGGCUUUGAAAUCAUUCACGUGUGUAAAGCAGUGAAGCCAAACCUGCAGGUGUUCCGAGCCCGCUUCUCGGAGAUCACGCCCCGGGCUAUCCAGUUCGCUUGCGAGAACCUCACCCAGCCAGAUCCGAACAUCAACAAUGCUGUGGAGGUGAGGCAAGAGCUGGACCUCAGAAUAGGUGCUGCCUUUACCCGGUUCCAGACCUUGAGGCUUCAGAAGAUCUUCCCAGAAGUGUUAGCAGAACAGCUCAUUAGCUACGGCAGUUGUCAGUUCCCCACCCUAGGCUUCGUGGUAGAAAGAUUCAAAGCUAUUCAAGCUUUCGUUCAAGAAACAUUCUACAAAAUUAAAGUGACUCAUGACCACGAAGAAGGCACUGUGGACUUCAGCUGGAAGAGGCACCGUCUCUUCAACCACACGGCGUGUCUUGUCCUCUACCAGAUGUGCAUGGAGGAUCCUCAGGCCACCGUUGUGGAGGUUGGAAGCAAACCCAAGAGCAAAUGGAGACCUCUGCCGCUGGACACGGUGGAACUUGAGAAAUUAGCUUCCCGUAAGCUGAAAAUAAAUGCCAAGGAAACCAUGAAGAUUGCCGAGAAGCUGUAUACCCAAGGAUACAUAAGUUACCCCCGAACAGAGACCAACAUUUUCCCCAAAGACUUAAACCUCUCCCAGCUGGUGCAGCUUCAGACUCAAGACCCACACUGGGGAGCCUUUGCACAAAGGAUCCUGGACCAAGGCAGGCCAACCCCACGGCAGGGGGCAAAGUCAGAUCAGGCUCACCCUCCCAUUCACCCCACCAAAUAUGCCGGUAAUUUGCAGGGCAACGACCAGCGCCUGUACGAAUUCAUCGUCCGCCACUUCCUGGCCUGCUGUUCCGAAGAUGCCAAGGGGCAGGAAACCAUGGUGGAGAUCGAUAUAUCCUAUGAGCGCUUCGUGGCUCACGGGCUGAUGAUCCUGGCCAGAAAUUACCUGGACGUUUACCCUUACGAAAGGUGGAGUGACAAGGUUAUCCCCCUCUACGAGAAAGGCUCCUGCUUCCAACCCACCACGGUGGAGAUGGUGGAAGGGGAGACCAGUCCGCCCCAGCUGCUCACCGAAGCUGAUCUCAUUUCCCUGAUGGAGAGACACGGCAUUGGAACCGACGCCACCCACGCGGAACACAUCGAGACCAUCAAGUCCCGCAUGUACGUGGGGCUCACCCCGGACCAGCGCUUCCUUCCGGGACACCUGGGAAUGGGGCUGGUGGAAGGCUACGACUCCAUGGGCUACGAGAUGUCCAAACCGGAUCUUCGAGCCGAACUGGAAAACGACCUGAAACUGAUCUGCGAGGGGAAGAAGGACAAGUCCGUCGUGCUCCGAGAGCAGAUCCAGAAAUAUAAGCAAGUCUUUGUGGCCGCCGUGGCCAAGGCUAAAAAGUUGGAUGAGGCUUUGGCUCAGUAUUUUGGGGAGAUGACCCAGGUGGCACAGGAGGGUGACAUUUACCCAGCGAUGCCUGAUCCGGUUAGGAAAUGCCCACAGUGCAACUCUGACAUGAUCCUGAAGACCAGGAAGAAUGGAGGCUUCUAUCUCAGCUGCUUGGGCUACCCUGCUUGUAAAUCCUCGGUCUGGUUUCCGGAUUCCGUGCUGGAAGUCAGCAAAGACGAUUCUGUCUGUGACGUCUGCAGGCCGCCCCCAGUGCAUCGGCUGAAAUUGAAAUUCAAGCGAGGCAGCCUCCCGGCCGUGAUGCCUCUCGAAUUUGUGGGUUGCAUCGGUGGCUGCGAUGAAAACCUCAGGCAGAUCCUAGAUCUGAAGUACCUGCAAGGACCAGCCAGGGUUCCAGCCCAGCCGAGGACUCUCCCCAGCGAAGCCCCUGACUCCCUCGGUGGCGCGAUCCACAGCCGUGGCCAGCGCGUGCUUGCUCGGGCACCCCCUCCUGCCCCCGCACACAGAACUCCUCCAGCACUCAUCAAUGAGGACGAGAACAAUGCCGUGGUGUGCAAUUGUGGCGAGGAGGCCCUGCUUCUCACCGUCCGCAAAGAAGGGCCCAACCAAGGCAGGCAGUUUUACAAAUGCAGCACCGGCAACUGCCGAUUCUUCCUGUGGUCUGACCAGCAGAAGCCCGACAACGGGACAUCUGGGCUCCUGGCACCGCCCCCCAGCUCUUCCCUGCCAGGGCAAAGAACCGCAGCAGGGCCCAGAAGGCUGGGCUCCAAUUCUGAAGCCGGCGCUGGCCAAGGAGGCCCUCUCUGCAGGUGUGAGCAGCCUGCAGUGCCCAGGACGGUCCAGAAAGAAGGACCCAACAAGGGGCGCCAGUUCCACACCUGCUCCAAGCCGAGGGAGCAGCAGUGCGGCUUUUUCGAGUGGGCAGAUGAGAGCGUGUUGCCAGUUCCCUCCACCUUUCCUUCUGGCCACUUUGUGGGCGAGUGGGCCAAACGGGGCCCUGGGGCCAAAGCGAAAAGAUCAGACAGCGAUUCCUCUUUGACGGCACCUCUGAAGAGACCACGGACAUGCAGUGUUUGCCACCAGCCUGGCCACACCAAGACCACCUGUCCACAAAAUCACUGAAGCGGCGUGCCCCACGCCGAUGAGCUAGGGAGACUCAAGACGGCCCAUUUGCAAACGAGAGCCUCGCGAGGGGGUGACGUGGACUUCUGAAAGAUCAGGCUUUCCUCCACCUUAAGAUUUUAAAUAUAGAUGGAAUUAUGGAAGACUUGAAACCAACAUUUCUCAUCCUUGAAGAUGGGUGGACUUCAACUCCUAGAAUUCCCCAGUCCUUCUGGGAGUUGAAGUCACCCAUCUUCAAAGGGCCCAAGGUUGACAAAACACUGCUUUAGACUAUAGCGCUUUGUUGACGUUUGAUUUUAAAAAGCCUUUCUCCUGCUUAAAUGAGGAAGAGACGCUUCUCAAAGACCUGGAACUUAUUGUGGGACUGAUGCUUUCUCAGAGGAUGCAAUUUCAAAGCUGAGCAAAAAUUUCCUGUGUACAGGCCCCAUUUGGUCCUCCCUGUAAGUGGAAUAUCCAGCCUCAAUAAUUUAUUCAAAAAGGAAAUAUAUUUGUACCAAACCCUGCAGAGUUUAACUUUUAAUAUUUCUAACUUACCUUCCUGUCCUGCUCAGUGCUAUGUUCUUGUGAUCCAAAGGGCAGCUGCUGCCCAGCUCCCAAUUGACAUGGAUAUUUUUUUUUAAUUAAAAUAUAUAUUUGGCUUAA